CCUCGUAGGAUGUGACAGUUUACACAAUUGGCAGUUGUUUUAACGUGUUUUGGUCGUGGUUGUGAUCUCGAGUGUGUGGCGGCUUUUCAUGCAUCCGCAGUUCACGGUAAAACUGCUCCGCGGCCACACGCGCACGCGCAUUCACGUUCGAAAUCUGCGGUAAAGAAUACGUGCCGGAAAAUUAUCCCGGAUUGCCGACACGAUGCUUUCCGUGCCGGUGGUUGUUAUCUUCGGGUUGCUUUCCCUGAGUGCUGCUCAAGAUUCGUUAACAGAUGAUUUCAACAAUAAAAUAAACAAUAUCGAGACCAAACCUUCGGCACGGCUGGAUCCAUACAUAAGAAAGGCAUUGCUAAAGGCUCUUAGUGAAUUAGAAGAAAGUGAUAGUUAUACGACAGGAUCCGACGGCACAGAUGAAACUAUUAAUGAUUCAGAAACUCCACGAACAAGCGAAUUCACCGAUAGCGAAUCACCUCAUAAGGAAACAAUCCAAAUACAUUCCUUUGUAGUCAACGGGCAAGAAGCUUUUGCAAACAACAGUUAUAAUACACCUACAGUUUUGGACAGCAAUAUAUCACUAUUAAGCACCACAGCUGGUAAUGUUGAGAAUCAAGCAUCAGGAACACGACCUACAACAUCACCGUUUACAGAAAUAUUCCAUACAAAAGAUUCAAGUGUGAAUUUACAACAAGUGAGAAGUAUUCCGAGCUCGGCUUAUCUUAACACAGACAAGGAGGCAAAGGUUACGGUAAAACCUACUAAGCCUACGUUUAGAACAACACCGUCCACGACAACUACGACAACGACUACAACUACGACUACGACUACUCCUAAACCGACACAUAAUGAAGAUGGUGAAAAUAUAGAGGAUGUAGACCAAAGAGACGUUCAUGUAUAUCAGGCUCCAUUAGUAGCAGCUUUUACCGUGCACCAGGACGCUCAAGGUUUACCAAAAAAAGUUAUUCCCAUUUACCAACAAAGGAAUAGUCAACAUUUAUUAACUCCACAGCCUACCAAUACUUUGAGCACCAGCGUGCCUUUCCAAAGCAUAAAUCAAGGGUCUCAAAACGAAUUUAUUAAUCAUCAACUAAUCUUACAGAGGGAACUAGAAGAAAAACAACGAAUUCUCGAAGAACAAUUACGUUUACUACAGCUACAACAAAGGCAACAAGAGGAGCUACUAAGAAAACAACAAUAUUUAUUGCAGCAGAAAGAAGCUCAAAGACCUCAACAAAAUUUGUUUGAUCAAAACCAGUAUAAAGGACAACAGUUUCAGUCCGAUAGUUCUGUAAAUAAUUUUCAAAUUCAGAAAAGUGUACAGCAAUCUCCACCAAUAAAUCAAAAUGUAGGAAUACGGCCGCACAGUCCACAAGUAUCAAUCCAAUCUAGUGUACCGAUAGAACAAAAUACCGUGAUUAAUCAACAACUACCAAACCGAGAAGCUGUUGAUUUUCUGGUACAUUUACGUAGUCAACAACCCGCUCAGUUUCCUUUACAAGAAAACCACUUACCUCAAGGAAUAGGUACAUUCUUACACCCAACGUCAGCUCAAGUGUUUCAUCAAGGAAUAUCACUGAAUGACCCGUUGAUUAAUGGAGUCAAGCAAAGCACUCGGAUAUUCCGCCAAGAACCUGGCGUAGGAAAUUUCGGAUUUAAUAAUCAACAACAUUACAAUAGAUUUAAUACCUUUAACCCAGUGCAAUCAAAUAGAUUUUUUGUACAACAGAAUAAGUCUACUCAAUUCGGUUCCGACGCUGAGCUUAAACAAUUAUUAUUACAAACUGGAAUAAAUGGACGCAAUACUGAAGACUUGAACAUAGUGUCGAAGGUGUUAUCUUUAAAUCACGGAGUUCCAUUCAAUAUCUUUACGAAUCGUUUGCCUUUUGACAGUAGAAGACAUGUGAAACCAUUUGUAUAAAAAGUGUGUUGAUAAGUUUACAAUAUGUUUCGGUUAGAAAAAAACGUCCACCACUGUUGAAAUUCAUAAAAGAACACUAGUUAUCUGCAAAGUUAUUAUCAAUAGCACCUAACACAGAUAAGAAAGCAUUAUGGACUAUUUUCGAGACUCGUGUCCCACAGUAAACAAUGUAUUUUUUACCCUCAGUAUAGCGACCAAAGAGACUCUUUUCAAUACACAUUACACAUACUUAGAAUAAUUUUAAUAUUCACUCGUAGAUACAUAGAUACAAUACUAUACAAGUACUAGAAAACGUGAUGUUCGAACAGCACUUUUUUAUUUUACCUGUUUAAUAUUAAUUUUAAAUUAGGUUAGUGUAGAAUUAUUUAUUUUAAUUUAAAAAUUGUCAACUGCCAUAAGUAAAAUAGGUGAGAUAUUAUUAUAUUCUUAAAUAAAAUAUGUGGAUCGUGAUGAGUGAAUGGACUAUUUGUUACAAUAACUGCAGAAUCAUAAAUUGUCAGUUUGCACCUUGUUCAUGCAUGCUUCCAUAUUAUUAAACAAAGUACUUCGCCACGUCUGAACGCGAUAUGCUUAGAAAAUACCGAACGGAUUUCGAUAAAUUUUCGUAUAGACAUUUGAAACUGUAGGAAGGACCAUAGGCUAUUUUUCAUCCCAGAAAAAUAUGUAGCUGAGCUUUUAUUCUGGACAAACUCUUUCACGCGGGCUUAGCCGCAAGAAAAAGCUAAUAUUAUAUAUUUUUUGCUAUAACCAGAAAGAAUUUAUUUCAUAAGUAAUGUUUUGAAUUAUUAUUGUACUUGUAGCAUAAAUCUUUAUUAUUGAAUGUAAAAGCAGAACGAUGACUCUAUGUAAAGCACUUUAUUGUUGUACUGCGGUCUUAUCGUUAAAAGCAAUAUGUCUGUCAAACAACCGUGGAAAAGAAUGAAUUUGAUGAAUAAUAAACGAACUUAUUAAUUGUUAUGUUAUUAUUUGCUUAAUUAUUGUGAAUCACAUUAUAUUAUAAUGUUUUAUAAGGCGUUAUACUUAAUCAUAAAAAUAUUAUAAUAAUGAUCCAAAACAUUUUUGAUUGCAAUUUUAUGUUAUAAUUACUUAAAUUGUUUGUGUAGAUACAAAAUAUAUUUGCAAACAAAAAGUUAUAUAAAUAUACAUUGCAAUUUUGUAUGCAACCUACGUUUAUUGUAACUUUGUUUAUAUAUAAGAUUCACGCAUUUGUGACAUUUUCAGUCGUAUGUUUUUGUAAGAUUUGUAAAUAAUCUUCAAAUAUGCCCAAUAAAAAUAUAAUAAAUUAUAA